CUCUUUUCACUAAAAUUCCCUUUUAUUCUCGCUUUUUAUAAAUUACCGAUGGAGAAGUUUUCAAAGUGGAGAGAUGCAGGGCACUGGAAUUCAGCCGUUUGUACCGGCGGUGCCCGGCACGGUCGCAGCAGAGCGGGCUAAUGCGCUUGGCGCAGGGCCUGAAGAGCUUUCGUCCGGUGCUCGGUGCAACCGCCCUUCUCGACGCACUGACAGCAUCGAUGGGCGUCCUGAUCGUAGUACCGGGUCUGCGACGUCCGGCGACGUUGUUUUUGCAAAUGCGCACCGUGAGCCUGCAGCGCGGCCGGCGCAACACGCAGGAAGCGCAUGUUUCCUCGGGCGACAUAAUCGUGGCGAACCAUGCCUCGUAUCUGGAUAACGCGACAUGCUAUGCGCGCCGGAUCUCGCUGUACCAGGCGCUGCGGGCCCCCGCCCAAAUGACGCCUGCCUUGCUGCCGGCGAACGAGGCCGAGCCGCUGAAGACUAUUACAGAGCAGGCGCGUGUGCGGCAGACCGGCCCUGUGGUGUUGCUGCCGGUGACCAAGAUUCAUGUGCUGGCGCUGAAGUACCCGUUCAGCGCGUUUAGUCCGGCAUACUCCGUGGGCAGCCAGCUUAUGCAUGUGUUCCAGCUGUGCUGCCAGAUAGUGCUGGCUGCCGGUGAGGCGCCGCGCAUGGCGGAUUCAGCCUUGCUCCGGUGGAUCCUGGACGAGCGUGUGCAGGAGUGCUUGGUGGGCGUGUCGCGCCUGCGGAUGACCAAAAUGACUGCUAUGGAUAAGCGCGAUUUCUUGAAAUUCUACAACGCCCAAAAAUGAUGUCUCCAGUAUGUACAAGGGUGGCCUGGAUCCAUUACCUAGCUGUCCCUAGAAGGGAUGCGGUAUCAUUUUGUCUCUGGUCAAACGAAUCAAUAUAGAAAUAGUCGGC